CGGCAACGCCAAGGCAAUGGGGAACAAAGGCGUGCCCGAGUGGCUCAACAGCUCGCUCUGGGCUUCCUCAUCCUCGCCCCCCGCCUCUGCCUCCACUACCGCCGCUGCUCGUUUGCCCCGCUCGCCGCCCUCUCCCAAGAUCGUAGCCCCCGCGCGGGCUCCGAUCCCCGAGCCUCCACCGCCCCCUCGGCCGCCUCAACCUCCGUCGGAGGCCCCGAGGCCCUCGGUCGAUGCUCCGCCAGACGAUCGGAGCCCCUCGCGGUUGUCGCAGGAGGAGGUCUCCCGCCAGUUCCAGCUCUUAGCCGAAUUGUCGAAGAAGGUGGUAAAUAUUGGAGAACUGCGGAGAUUGGCCUCGCAGGGCAUCCCUGAUGGCACUGGAAUCCGGUCGAUAGUGUGGAAGCUUCUACUAGGUUAUUUGCCAUAUGAACGUGAGUUCUGGAUGCAAGAACUGGCCAAGAAGCGGUCUCAGUACAAGGCUUUUAAGGAGGAGUUUUUAAUGAACCCUUCGGAAAUGGCACGAAGGUUGGAAGAAUCUGUUGGCCACAAAAAUGAAGCAUUGGAAACUGGAGGUCGUGGCUUCCUGAUGAGAUCUGAAAUAACUCAUGAUGAGCACCCUUUGAGCCUUGGGAAGACCAGUGUCUGGAAUCAGUUCUUUCAGGAGACAGAGAUCAUUGAACAGAUUGAACGAGAUGUAAAGCGCACUCAUCCUGACAUGCAAUUUUUCUGUGGGGAUUCAUCCCUUGCGAAGUCUAAUCAGGAGGCCCUGAGGCACAUACUCAUUAUCUUUGCAAAGUUGAAUCCAGGCAUAAGAUAUGUACAAGGGAUGAACGAAAUAUUAGCACCUCUUUUCUACGUGUUCAGAAAUGAUCCAGAUCAAAAUAACGCCGUGUAUGCUGAAGCAGAUGCUUUCUUUUGUUUUGUUGAGUUAUUGAGUGGAUUUAGAGACAAUUUCUGUCAAAAGCUUGAUAAUAGUGUAGUUGGCAUUCGUUCUACAAUCAGUAAACUUUCAGAGCUACUAAAGAAACAUGAUGGGGAGCUUUGGCGUCAUUUAGAGAUUACAACAAAAGUCAAUCCCCAAUUCUAUGCGUUCAGAUGGAUUACACUGCUUUUGACUCAGGAGUUCAAUUUUGUGGACAGCCUUCAUAUAUGGGAUGCACUUUUAAGUGAUCCCGACGGACCUCAGGAAACCCUACUUAGGGUGUGUUGUGCCAUGUUGAUCCUGGUCAGAAAAUGUCUCUUGGCCGGCGAUUUCACUUCCAACCUAAAGCUACUGCAGAAUUAUCCACAAACAAACAUCAAUCAUCUCCUCUAUGUUGCCAAUAAACUGCGUGGUUCUUCGGCUGGUUAAAGUUGCAGAAAGUAUCAUGGCAUCGUUGUGUCUGUUGAACACUUGAUCUAUUUGUAAAGUGCGAAACUUGUGAAACAAUGUAAAUGAUUGUACGAGAGCCUGUGCACUAUUUGUGUGUUUUUGGUGAAUUAAAAUGAGAUUGAAACUAGUUGUCUUUCCA